AUGCUGGAAUUUAGGACCGCGGGUUUCAACCCAUAUAGCGUCAAGUACUCACCCUUCUUCGACAGCCGCCUGGCCGUCAGCGCAGGAGCCAACUUUGGACUGGUCGGGAAUGGACGACUGUUUAUUCUGAAUCUCACCCAGAAUGGAAUUGUGUGCGAGAAGUUCUUUGAGACGCAAGAUUGUCUAUUUGACACUGCCUGGUCUGAACAACACGAAAACCAGCUUCUCACGGCAGGCGGAGAUGGAAGCAUCAAGCUAUUCGACAUAGGCGUGGGCGAAUUCCCGGUUGCGGGUUGGCAGGAGCAUGGAAGGGAGGUCUUCUCUGUACAUUGGAACUUGAUUGAAAAGGCGACGUUCUUGUCUUCAAGCUGGGAUGGUACGGUCAAGAUAUGGAGUCCAGAGCGGAAGGAGAGCUUGAUGACUUUGCCUGUGCAUUCAUGCGUAUACUCGGCGCAAUUCAGUCCACACCACCCACAGAUUGUCACAUGCGUCUCGAGAGACUCUCAUCUCCGGGUGUUCGACCUGCGCAGCAAGCCGAGCGCACAGAAUCACCUGACUCUGGCUAUUCCCAUCCAUGCACCACCCAAGGUCCCAGUUCCAGGACUUCAAAAUCGAAGCCCUGGGCCGACUGAAUGUCUCACACAUGACUGGAACAAGUAUCGGGAUUCUGUACUGGCCACUGCAGGUGUGGAUGGCGUUGUAAGAACCUUUGACUUGCGUGUACCUUCUGGACCCGUCAACUUUUUGACUGGUCAUGACUAUGCCGUACGCAAGAUCAGUUGGAGUCCUCAUUUGAGCGAUGUUCUGUUGAGCGCUAGCUACGAUAUGACUUGCCGCGUCUGGACAGAUGGGAGCAACGUUGAUCAAGGUGGCGGUGGUGCAGGCAUGGGCAGGGAGCUUGGACGAAUGGACAGGCAUACCGAGUUCGCCAUGGGAGUUGACUGGUGCUUGUUCGGCGCAGAGGGCUGGUGCGCAACAUGUGCUUGGGACGAAAGAGUGCUGGUGUGGGAUGUGCGAGAUCACAUGAGGACAUGA